AUGCGGUCUCUGACGUGGCUCAUCUCCCUAUCCGUGGUAGCAGAAGCAGGUGAAGUCCUGUGGAGCGGGCUAUUCGACGCCGCUGCGAGCGUUGCUGACUUCGACGAAUGGUCAUGGUCUAAUCAGGUCGGCGCAUGGCAAUGGUACAUUCAUGGGACAGGUUCCACUGAGGACUACCUGGGUCUGUCGCCCGACUUCAAGAACCCCGACGAUACCAGUGAUGCCCAGGGUAUUCGGAUCACAAUCGAUGGCACGUCCUUUUGGAAUGGACAAACGAUGGAACGAUCCGAAAUCAUCCCCCAAACAACUGCGGAUCUAGGGAAUGGCCAUCUGUUCUACCAUUUUUCAUUGCAGACGAGGGAGAAGAAUGCACCCAACCCGGGCUUUGAGCAUCAGAUCGCGUUCUUCGAGAGCCACUUCACGGAACUCAAGUACGGCACCCUGAGCGGCGCGUCGGGUGAUGAUAACACACUCCGCUGGUGCGUGGGCGGGACGACACAUUGGGAAACCGAAUUGGCGGCGGGGCAGUGGUACAACUUUGCCUAUGACAUUGAUUUUGACGCGCAGACAGUCGGAUUGUGGGCUUCGAACGGGGCAGACGAUCUCACGCAGGUUGUUUCGGCUGUCAGUGCUUCGACUUCAACGAACUCGGCGGAUUGGCAUGUUGGUGAGUUGCGGCUCGAUAACGGGGGUGUGGACGCGGCUGCGGAGGAUUGGUUCUGGUCUGGUAUCUUUGUAGAAGAGGCUCCAAUCACAGCUGCGAUCGCAGGUCCAGCAUGA